CCUCAUCCUCUCUGGAGAUCCUCAAGCUCCACAUAAAAUGACAUCAGAAUUUUCUUUUAAAAACGUUUUAGACAAAAAUUCUAACCAGUCAACAAUAAAUACAAAAGAUUCUUCUGGAAAGAUUAGUUCUACAAAUACACCAGCAACACCAGUUGCACCAUUAUCGUUUUCAUCAGCAGCUUUUAAGUUCGGGGAUAGUACUACGCCAGCAGGCCAACCACCAGUACACCCACUUGGAAAAGUGGGUGGUUCUGAAGGGAAUACCUUAGAAAAUAAAGGGUUUCAAUUGGGGACAACAGGGACGAUAUUUGGGGCGAAAAGCGAAUCUACGACGACGUCGUCUACGCCUUUUGUUUUUGGGUCAGGAACAGCUCAAUUGGAAUCUAAACCAGUUGGUCAAAAUAAGCCUACAUUAUUUACAUUUGGUUCAUUAACAGAAAAAAAUACACAAACGUCACAAGAAAAGCCGACAGAAUCUACGCCAUCAUUUUCAUUUGGUCUUUCUACAACACCAACACCUAUAUUUGAAUCGGGUAGUACGGCAAAAACAGAUGCAUCAAAUGUUUCAGUUGAAAAGUCAUCUGUUGCUUCUAAUAAUUUAAAACCAACGGCGACAUUUUCAUUUGAAAGUUCUUCUACACAACAAAAUUUUUCAAAACCUUCAACAUUUUCUUUUCAGAAGCCACAAGAAUCUAAACCGACAUUUACAUUUGGAGCAACAUCUACAGCAGAUCCAAAAACCACGUUAGCAGACACUAAAAAAUCUGAAGAACCUAAACCUUCAUCUACAACAGAUACCUCAGCUUCUACGACUUCAAGUUUAUUUAAUGCUCCAACAUCUAUUUCUUCAAAUAUUCCAAGUUUUAAAGCAAAAGAUUCUUCGCAAACAUCAACCAAACCGGCCUCAGAAACACCAUCAUCUACGUCAAUUGCUUCUAUUGUACCUAAGCCAUUACCAGGAACUUCUACUCAGGAAAUUGGAGGAUCGAAUCUUAAAAAUAAGACUUUAAAAGAUAUUAUUAAUAAAUGGACAAGGGAUUUGGACAAUUAUUCAAGACAGUUUAUCCAGCAAGCAACAGAAGUUUCAAAAUGGGAUAGACUUUUAAUAGAGAGUGGUGAUAAGAUUUCAAAAUUAUAUGCAGAUACUAUUGAAGCAGAGCAAAUACAAACAAAAGUAGAUCAAACGCUGACAUAUAUUGAAAGCCAGCAAAAUGAAAUGUCAGCUUUUCUUGAUCAAUAUGAAAGUCAAGUUCAAGAAUUAAGUGAAAGGCAGUUUUGUACACCAGAUGGAAUGCAACCAGCAGAUCAAGAAAGAGAAAAAGUGUAUACUCUUGCUGAAAAAUUAACAGAAAAACUUGAUGGACUUGGGAGGGAUUUAGGAUCUAUGAUAGAUGAAAUUAAUGCUGCAUCUAAUUUAAUUAAUAAAACGGGUGAAGAUGAUCCGCUUUCCUCAGUUGUUAAAAUCCUUAAUUCACAUCUUUCGAGUUUGCAAUGGAUUCAAUCUACAACUACAAAAUUGCAUUAUAAAAUUGAUGAGGUAAAAAAAGCUGAACAUUCAAUAGAAAAACAACUUGAAGAGAAUGCUUUUUAUGAUGGACAAAAUAUUGGGUUUUCUUAAUUUACUAAUAAAUUCUUAAAUUGUUAUGAGUACAUUUUAAAUCGUUUUUUCUCUCGAAAUUCCUUUAUUUUUUCUUUAUCUUCCUCAAAUCUCUUUUUUAAUUCCGUUAAUUUCUUGUUUUUUCCUUCCUGUUUUUGAAAUUUAUAGAAGUCAUGAAGUAUAUAUUUUUCUUUCUUUUUUUCCUGCAUUUUCAUCCCUUCAUCAAUCCUACCUGCACCUGUUCUUCCUCCCCUAGUAACAGUAAUAAAUCCUUCUUCAUCCGGUUCAGUUCGUUGACGUUUUCUUAAACGUUUCUCUUUUUCCUCAGCUAAAUAAAAGGCUGCCAUAUAUUUGUCAAUUGAUGUCUGCAAUUUUUCAUGCGAAGGAUAUAUUAAAUUAUAAUGCUCCCAAUAAUCUAAAUGAAAUAAACCAUUUUUCUGAUAAAUCAUUGAACAUACGAUUAAAUCCAAGCUCUUGUACUCUAUUUUUCGGUAUAUUUUGUCCCCAUACAUAAUUUUCAAGUUUUUUAUGAUUUUUUUUCUCCAAAAUAUAUUCAAUAUCUUGUUUUUCCAAAAAUUCCACAAUUGCCCACGAUCCAGAUUUUAGAAUUCUUCUUUUCCAUACAAAUAAUAUAGUGUCUUUAAAAUUUGUUUC